AUGGACGUUGGAUAUAUUAACCGAAUAACAAGUGACUUAGCACUGUACGGCAGUUUUAUUUUACUCAUUCUUGGCAAUAUAGGAUGCUUAUGCAAUUUUAUAACAUUCUCAUCUAAACAAAUGAGACAAAAUUCAUGUGGUUGGAAUUUCCUCAUGUCAACUAUAGCAGAUUUUUUCCUUUUCAAUUCUCUUUUGCCGACGAAAAUGGCGAGUGAUUAUUUUGGUAACACUUUGAUUCUUACAUCGUCUCUUUACUGCAAAAUGCGUACUUUUAUUGGAUUUACAUUACCAUCCAUUUCUCUCGGUUAUUUGGUAUUCGCUGCAUUGGAUCGAUGCUUAGCAACAUCACAAAGUACACGUCUUCGCUCGUUUAGUCAAAUAAAAGUAGCACAUCGUUUGACAUGUGCGCCAAUUCUUCUUUACACCUUUACUACUGCACAUCAGCUCUAUUAUUAUGAUUUACGAUCGAAAUGUGCACCACUACCCGGAAACUACUCAAUUUUUAUGUCAGUCUACAAUAUUAUCUGGACAAGUUUAGUUCCACAAAGUAUCAUGCUCACAUUUGGUCUUGUCACGUUCUACAAUAUGCGAGCAAGUCGUCGACGUUUGAUCGUUCAAGGUGCACAACAACGGAAUCAAUUACGAAAUCGAAUCGAUACUCAUUUCAUUACCAUUGUACUCGUUCAAGUGUUAACCAGUUCCAUUUUACUCAAUACUCUCAAAGAAUCUCGUCAAAGACAAUCAACGACUUGCUCUCGAGUCAUUGCUCUUACAAGUAUCGAGCUUAAUUUUCUAUUUAAAUUUCGCUAA